CGGACGAAAGUAGUCGUGAGCUCAGCACCCGCUAUUUUUGCGGAAAUACUUCGCAAAAUGGCGGGAAACUAAGUGAACAUUCUACAUAAAAUGACAUUAAUAAUGUAUUUAAAAUUGGACGAUUUUAGAUUGAUUACUUGUUAAAUAAAAUUCAGAAGUGAAAGUUUCGUAAAUUAGGAAAUCAUGAAAUCCUCGAUGCGGACGCUAUUUCGUUUCAGUCUGUGUGUCGUGAUGAUGUCUCUGAAAGCCUCUAAUGGAGAGAAGUUUACACUUGGUUACUUAACCGGAUCACAACGACGUCCCGGAGACUUCACGUACCCUAAACCAGGAAUAAUGAUUUCAGGUGCAAUAUCAAUGGCUGUGGAUGAAGUUAACAAAGAACUAUUGGGGCCGAUGGGACAUUCCCUGGACUUCGUUGUAGCUGAAACAUACGGACAAGAAGAAGAAUCUAUACGCCAGGUAGCAGCUUUGUGGGCGGCUAAUGUGUCUGCGUUCAUCGGUCCACAAGAGACGUGUGUGCACGAGGGCCGCAUGGCCGCCGCUUUCAACUUACCCAUGAUUAGCUACUACUGUCGGGACGUGGCCAACUCAAACAAGCGUGUUUACCCGACGUUCGCUCGCACCAGGCCCUCAGAUGUCGACAUAUCACGCUCCGUGGUCGCCGUGCUGAAACAUUUCAAUUUCAUGCAUGUGGCCUUUGUUUACUUGAAUGCGCCAAAUCACGAUUAUACUCGACUUGCUUAUGCCAUAAAACAGGCAGCAAGAGAGAAACAUAUAUCCGUACGUGCAAUCCAGGCUUAUACGCACCCUUAUUACUAUGAAAAUAAGGAAGGGAACUUUUCCCGUAAUCCGUUUUUGGAUAUCGUGCGAGACACAUAUAAGGAUACAAGAAUUUACGUGUCUGUGGGGUACUAUCAUGAUCAUAUAGCCUUGAUGCUGGCGCUAGACACGCUCCAGCUGCUAGAUUCAGGAGAGUAUGCCGCUAUUGGGGUCGACGUCGAAAAGUACGAAUCUAACGAAGCUGUCCGGUAUCUGUCCGGGCCUUUGCUGAAAGAGCCAAUACCAAGAACUCUGCGCGCGUUUCGUUCAUAUCUUGCAGUCGCGCCGUCUCCGUCACCAUCUUACCCUGCUUUUGCUUUAGAAGUGAACAGAAGGUUGCAGAUGCCCCCGUUCAAUUUUAACAAUCCGCUGCAAUUCCUUGGUGGUGGGAAAGUGAUACCCGUUGAAGCAGCAUGGCUUCAUGAUGCCAUAUGGGUAUAUGCUCGCGCUUUGGCUGAUACUCUGAGGUCCGGAGAAGAUUCGCGGGACGGCAGAGCUAUAGCAUCUCGAAUGCUGAACACUACCUACAAAAGCGUUAUGGGUUACUGGGUGCAUAUGGAUGAAAAUGGCGACGCUGAAGAUAACUACACCCUGCUGUCCAUUGACCCGAGUAGACCGCCAGGACUCUACCCGCUCGCUGUGCUACAUAAAUCUUAUCCGGAAGUACGGUUUUUGCGUGAACUGGAAUGGCCGGGCGGACAAGCACCGCUUUCGGAGCCGCCUUGCGGUUUUAGGGGAGAAAAAUGCGUCAGCCACAUCGGAGCCUGGGCUCUGGGUGCAUCGGGCGGGACUCUAGCAUUGCUCGCACUAGCUGCUCUCGCCUUGUAUCGGGGUUGGCGUUACGAGCAAGAAUUAGACUCACUACUUUGGAAGAUAGACUUCAGGGACCUGCACCUUCCUGACAAAGAACAGCGAGCCAACAAACUGAAUAGCAGCGCGGUGGCUCACAUCAACAAUACGACAAACGCCGCUGGUAACAACGAGAAGAAUGGAGGAGGCAGCACCGGCGGGGUUCGCUCAAGUCAGGUGUCACUAAGUUCGAACCCCGACCUAGACUUCCGUUACUCGGCGAUCUUCACUGAAGUAGCAUUCUACCGCGGCAGACUCGUCGCUGUCAAGCGAGUUAGACGACACCACAUCGACAUCAAUAGAGAAAUCAAAAAGGAACUUAAAAUUAUGCGGGACCUUCAACAUGACAACAUAAACGGGUUUGUGGGAGCGUGUAUCGAACCUCCCAAUGUAUGCGCUUUGUCGGAAUAUUGCACGAGAGGUAGUCUUAAGGAUAUACUCGAAAAUGAAGAUAUUAAACUCGACAACAUGUUUAUAGCAUCUUUAGUUGGCGAUAUUAUUAGGGGUAUGAUAUUUAUUCACGAGUCACCGCUGCAGUACCACGGGUCUCUGCGUCCGUCUAACUGCUUGGUGGAUGCUCGAUGGGUAGUCAAGCUCUCUGACUUUGGAUUGAAGGAGUUCAGGAGAGGAGAGCUGCCUCCUUCAGAACCAACGGCGUUGAGGUCGCAUGUCGACAGUCUAGUUUACCUGUCGCCGGAGUUGCUCAGAGCAGCCGGUUGGGGCAAGGACGGUCCGGCCCGAGGCCCUGACCAGCACGGGUCGGCGUCGGCGGACGUGUACGCGUUCUCGCUGGUGCUGUACGAGCUGCACUCGCGACGCGGGCCCUUCGGAGCGGACGCGCCGCCCGCGCCGUGCCUGCUGCGCCGCCUCGCGCUGCCCGACCCCGCGCCUUACAGACCUCCACUAGAAGUACUAGCAGAUAGAUUUGAUUGCGUUCGGGAAUGUUGUUGCGAAUGCUGGGCAGAGGAUCCGGCUACCAGACCGGACUUCAAAUCUAUCAGGACUAGAUUGAGGCCGUUGCGUAAAGGAAUGAAACCAAACAUAUUCGAUAAUAUGAUAGCCAUGAUGGAGAAAUAUGCGAAUAAUCUAGAAGCUCUAGUUGACGAGCGAACUGAUCAACUACAAGAGGAGAAAAAAAAGACUGAGGCCCUGCUAGAGGAAAUGUUGCCAGCGCCCGUGGCGGAGCAGCUGAAGCGCGGGAAGCGAGUGAUGCCAGAGAGUUAUGAUUCCGUUACUAUAUACUUCAGCGAUAUCGUGGGGUUCACAGCCAUGUCCGCGGAGAGCACACCGCUGCAAGUUGUGGACUUCCUAAACGACCUCUACACGUGUUUCGACUCAAUUUUAGAAAACUUUGACGUGUAUAAAGUAGAAACUAUCGGGGACGCCUAUAUGGUGGUAUCGGGUUUGCCGAUUAGAAACGGCAUUAUGCACGCAGGAGAAGUGGCGUCAAUGGCCCUGGCCCUUUUGUCAGCAACACGUGCCUUCAGGGUCCGGCAUCGACCAGAGCAUCGGAUAAUGCUGCGUGUCGGCAUUCAUUCCGGUCCGGUUUGCGCGGGCGUCGUUGGUUUGAAGAUGCCGCGAUACUGUUUGUUUGGCGACACUGUGAACACGGCCAGUCGCUUGGAAUCAACGGGAGCACCACUCAAGAUUCACUGCAGCUCUGCGUGUAAAGCGCUGUUGGAUCAGCUGGGCGGAUACAUAUUGGAAGAGCGAGGGCUGGUGUCGAUGAAGGGCAAGCGCGACCAGCUGACGUACUGGCUGGGCGGGGAGCAGGACAGCGCGCGCGCGCGGCGCCGGGAGCGGGCCGCCGCGCCGCCGCCGCACGCGCGCGGACAAAGGAGCUCGCUCAAAACUAAGAACUGGAAGAACCAAGUCGGGGGCUUGCACAGAUGCUGCAGUUUGGAAUCUCCGAAAAAGCUUCGUUUCGCUUCUGGCAAUCAUCUUGAAUCUCAUAACGACAAUGUCAUGCAUCACAGAAGCGACGAAUAUCUAAUGGAGAUGAUCGGCGAGAGUAGGCUGGUUCCAGGCGGAGACCUAUUGGAAGCCCCCAGCCUUCGGCAAGAACAAACGAGCGUCUCGUGCCCCAUCAUCGAGCACACGGAAGCGCCCGCGACGGCGCCUCCUCUGCCGGACGUGAAGCCGUGCGACAUUAAGCUGGUCAUCAACGGGUGUUCGUUCGCAGAGCGCGACGGCGCCGGCGUCCCGCUACUGGCGGACGCCUGA